AUGAGCCAGCAAAAUGCCCGCGGACGGGAUGACCACUCCUACUGGGCGACGUUUGUCGAUCGAUUCUUCGCCCCCGAGGGCGUCUUCCGGCACUCAUUGCACAUUACGGACGGCGGGGAGACGACCGACAAGCAAUACGAAAUAGCUUCCUCGGCCAUCGCGCGAUACUUCCACACACAUUUUCACAGUGGCGUCAAGAAUAUACAGUUGAUCCUGGAUAGGGGGACCAUGGAUCGAGCGUUGCCGCACGAUUGCCACUAUGUUGAGAACAGCCGGGCCAGCCUUGUGUAUUGGUUCGAGACGGGUUCACACCUUAUUGCGAACGGAACACUACGCGCUAGCUUCAACAGUCAGCAGAAGCUCGACCUCUUUGAGUUCGUGACAUCCAGCCAGGAAGAAUAUGUAUCUCGGAAGCAGGUGAUCGAAGCCGCCAAGCCUACUCAUGCAUGGAUCAAGGAAUGGCGGAAUGUCAACAGCGACAUGAAGCAGUCGCCCGAAUUGUCCAAGAAGGGCAAGGGGAAGCAAUUGAAAUCCCCACAGACACACCCUCCCGAGGUCUUGAUGGACUUGCCGGACUCCGCUGUCAACAGCAAAGGAGUCACGCCAGCAGUUCAUCAGUUCCUGGAGAUAGUGGAGGUCAUGGGCCAGAUGAACCCUUUGUUCAGCUACUACCACGCCAACCCUGGCAUGGGACCCUACGCAGCGCUGGAGCAGUACGUCGCGACCAACAUUGUCAGUCAAGGGGGUCCCAACGGCCAGCCCGGUCUGCAGAAUCCCCGAACGCCAAGCUUCAAUCAAUUCCAGAUGGGAGCGAGCCCGGCCGUCGCUAACGCCAAUCUGCCCGGCUCGCCGCACAUGGGUAGCCCUGCACCUGGGCAGAUGCAAGCGCCGCCCAUGCAGAUGCAGCAGAGCCAGCAGGGCACGAGCUCGAGCGGUCCGAGUGCGAACACGUCGCCUGCGUCUAAUAAGCGAAGACGCCCGUCAGGCGUUAAGGUCGAAGAUGACGGGUCGGGCGCGCCGACGCCGCAGAUGAACGGAGUGCAGAAUCGGCCUGGCAAGCCAGCGACACCUAGGAUGAACAAGCGGACCAAAGUGAACCCGUCAUGA